AUGAUGUGUGAAGUGAUGCCAACGAUAAACGAGGACACCCCGAUGAGUCAACGGGGGUCCCAAAGCAGCGGCUCGGACUCGGAUUCUCACUUUGAGCAGCUGAUGGUGAACAUGCUGGAUGAAAGGGACCGUCUCCUUGAUACUCUUCGGGAGACACAGGAAAGCUUGUCACUUGCACAGCAACGCCUACAGGAUGUCAUCUAUGACAGAGACUCCCUCCAGCGACAGCUUAACUCAGCACUGCCUCAGGAAUUUGCUGCACUGACAAAAGAAUUAAAUGCAUGCAGGGAACAGCUGCUUGAAAAAGAGGAGGAGAUUUCAGAACUGAAAGCUGAAAGAAACAACACAAGACUGUUACUGGAGCAUUUGGAGUGCCUUGUCUCAAGACACGAAAGGUCACUGAGGAUGACAGUGGUGAAACGGCAAGCACAGUCUCCCUCAGGAGUUUCCAGUGAAGUUGAGGUCCUCAAAGCUCUGAAAUCUCUGUUUGAGCACCACAAGGCUUUGGAUGAAAAGGUAAGGGAACGACUGAGGGUUUCUUUAGAAAGAGUCUCUGCACUGGAAGAAGAACUAGCUGCUGCUAACCAGGAGAUUGUAGCUUUGCGUGAACAAAAUGCACACAUUCAAAGGAAAAUGGCAGCUGGUGAAGGGCCUGCCGAAUCAGAGCAUAUUGAAGGAAUGGAGCCAGGGCAAAAGGUUCAUGAAAAGCGCCUAUCAAAUGGCUCCAUAGACUCAACUGAUGAAGCCAGUCAAGUUGUUGAACUUCAGGAACUACUGGAAAAGCAAAACUAUGAAAUGGCACAAAUGAAGGAGCGUUUGGCUGCGCUGUCUUCCCGGGUGGGAGAGGUAGAGCAGGAAGCAGAGACUGCCAGAAAGGAGCUCAUUAAAACAGAGGAAAUGAACACUAAAUAUCAGAGAGACAUUAGAGAGGCAAUGGCACAAAAGGAAGAUAUGGAAGAAAGGAUAACUACACUGGAGAAGCGCUACCUCAGUGCACAGAGAGAAUCCACCUCCAUACAUGACAUGAACGAUAAGCUGGAAAAUGAACUGGCAAACAAGGAAGCCAUCUUACGUCAGUUGGAAGACAAAAACAGACAGCUGCAAGAGCGUCUAGAGCUGGCUGAGCAGAAGCUGCAGCAGACGAUGAGGAAGGCUGAAACUUUACCCGAAGUGGAGGCUGAACUGGCUCAGAGAAUUGCAGCUCUGACUAAGGCAGAAGAAAGACAUGGAAACAUUGAGGAACGUAUGAGACACUUAGAAGCUCAGCUUGAAGAGAAGAAUCAGGAACUUCAAAGAGCGAGGCAAAGAGAAAAAAUGAAUGAGGAGCACAACAAAAGAUUAUCAGAUACCGUAGACAGACUUUUGACAGAAUCCAAUGAGCGUCUGCAGCUACACUUAAAAGAGAGAAUGGCAGCACUUGAAGAAAAGAAUGUUUUGAUUCAAGAAUCUGAAAGUUUCAGAAAAAAUCUGGAAGAGUCUUUACAUGACAAGGAAAGACUUGCUGAAGAAAUUGAGAAACUGAGAUCUGAACUGGAUCAAAUGAAAUUGAGGGCUGGUUCUUUAAUCGAACCCACCUUGUCAAGGCCUCACCUUGACACAUCAGCAGAGCUGAGGUAUUCUGUGGGCUCCCUGGUUGAUAGCCAGUCUGACUAUCGGUCAACUAAAGUGAUAAGGCGACCUAGAAGAGGCCGGAUGGGAGUACGCAGAGAUGAACCAAAGGUAAAAUCACUUGGAGAUCAUGAGUGGAAUAGGACCCAGCAGAUUGGAGUAUUGAGCAGCCAUCCAUUUGAAAGCGACACUGAAAUGUCCGAUAUUGAUGACGAUGAUAGAGAAACACUUUUCAGCUCCAUGGACCUCCUGUCACCAAGCGGCCAUUCCGAUGCCCAGACUCUGGCCAUGAUGCUUCAGGAGCAGCUAGAUGCAAUCAAUAAAGAAAUCAGGUUAAUCCAAGAAGAAAAAGAGUCAACGGAACUGCGUGCCGAAGAGAUAGAGAACAGAGUGGCAAGCGUGAGUCUGGAAGGCUUAAAUCUAGCCAGAGUCCACCAAGGUACAUCCAUUACUGGCUCGGUGACAGCAUCGUCACUUGCAAGCUCAUCUCCUCCCAGCGGACACUCAACUCCUAAACUCACCCCUCGCAGUCCAGCCAGGGAGAUGGACAGAAUGGGGGUUAUGACGCUGCCAAGCGACCUAAGGAAACAUCGGAGAAAGAUUGCAGUAGUUGAAGAAGAUGGGCGUGAAGAUAAAGCCACAAUCAAAUGUGAAACUUCUCCUCCUCCAACACCCAGAGCUAUCAGAAUGACUCAUACCCUUCCUUCUUCAUACCACAAUGAUGCCAGAAGUAGUUUGCCUGCUUCAUUGGAGCCAGAAAGCAUUGGUCUUGGCAGUGUCAGUAGCAGCCAGGACUCCCUGCAUAAAGCUCCCAAGAAGAAAGGAAUCAAGUCUUCAAUAGGACGUUUGUUCGGUAAAAAAGAGAAGGCUCGACUUGGACAGCUCAGAGGUUACAUGGAAACAGAGGCAGCAGCUCAAGAAUCUCUGGGAUUAGGCAAACUUGGAACCCAAGCAGAAAAGGACCGAAGACUAAAGAAAAACAUAUCUGGACAUGAACUUCUGGAAGAAGCUCGGAGAAAGGGUUUGCCUUUUGCACAGUGGGAUGGGCCAACUGUGGUUGCCUGGCUGGAGCUCUGGCUAGGCAUGCCAGCCUGGUAUGUUGCUGCCUGCCGUGCCAAUGUGAAGAGCGGAGCUAUUAUGUCUGCUUUGUCCGAUACUGAGAUUCAAAGAGAAAUUGGAAUCAGCAAUCCUCUUCAUCGCUUAAAGCUCCGAUUAGCAAUCCAGGAGAUGGUAUCACUGACAAGCCCAUCAGCACCUCCAACAUCCAGAACACCCUCAGGCAAUGUUUGGGUGACCCAUGAAGAAAUGGAAAAUCUUGCUGCUCCAGCUAAAACGAAAGAGUCUGAAGAAGGCAGCUGGGCUCAGACCCUGGCUUAUGGUGAUAUGAACCACGAAUGGAUAGGUAACGAAUGGCUCCCCAGUCUGGGUUUACCUCAGUACCGAAGUUAUUUUAUGGAAUGCCUGGUAGAUGCGAGGAUGUUAGAUCACCUGACAAAGAAAGAUCUGCGUGUGCACUUAAAAAUGGUGGAUAGCUUUCAUCGAACAAGCUUGCAAUAUGGAAUCAUGUGUUUAAAGAGGUUGAAUUAUGACAGAAAAGAACUGGAAAAGCGAAGAGAAAUGAGUCAGCAUGAAAUAAAAGAUGUGCUGGUAUGGAGCAAUGAUCGAGUCAUACGCUGGAUACAAGCUAUUGGCCUCCGAGAAUAUGCAAAUAAUAUUCUAGAAAGUGGUGUACAUGGUUCACUUAUAGCACUGGAUGAAAACUUUGAUUACAGCAGUUUAGCUUUAUUAUUACAGAUUCCAACACAAAACACGCAGGCACGGCAGAUCCUUGAGAGAGAAUACAACAACCUUUUAGCACUAGGAACUGAAAGACGACUUGAGGAAAGCGAUGACAAGAACUUCAGACGUGGCCCCUCCUGGCGACGACAGUUUCCUCCGCGUGAGGUUCACGGGAUCAGCAUGAUGCCGGGCUCCUCGGAAACGCUGCCAGCUGGGUUCAGAUUAACCACAACAUCAGGGCAGUCACGGAAGAUGGCGACUGAUGUUGCUUCAUCACGACUGCAGAGGUUAGACAGCUCAACAGUUCGCACAUACUCAUGCUGA